UAGUGGGAGGAGCGGCUGCCGCCGUUAGGCAGGGCGCCGCCGAGGGGUUCUGGUUCCGACUGAGGUUGGGAGAGGGUCUCGGCGGGCUUGUGCGGGGCCGGGAGGACUGUGCAGGCUAAGUAAGCCCGACGCGGGGAAGUGGGGCUUGCUGUAGAAAGGUCUGGCUGCGGGAAGGAAUCCAGCGUCACGUCCCUCUGGGGAAGGGGGCCAGUCCCCGACUCCCUGACUCUUCCGCUCUCGGCGGUAACUUUGGGGUGUGGCAGGGGUUAGUGACGGCUGUUGACCUGCGAUCUGGGCCUGAAGGAGGUUUGUGGUCGCGAUGGGGAGAUAGUCUUUCUCGCAGCCUCUGGAGGAAUAAAACAAAUGUUUGUAAUCCGGAUUAUCCGCGGUGACUUGGGCCUCCUCUGCUGCCCAAGUAAAGUUAAAGGCCUGAGCCCUGAAACUUCCGCCAGCCAAGCCCAGCUAGGGACGGGGUCAGGGCCACCGGGUUCCUGGUGAGGUUGAAACAGUGAGUGUGUAAGGCUGUGUUAAAGUGAGUCAGUGAGAGUAGGCAGAAUUUUGUGGGUUGCUUCCGUGUGAGUGUGGGAACAGUCCCACAGUCUCACCAUGUCGGGGAAACGGAAGCGUGUGGUGUUGACCAUUAAAGAUAAGCUUGAUAUAAUAAAGAAACUUGAAGAUGGAGGUUCUUCCAAACAACUGGCAGUGAUUUAUGGAAUUGGCGAAACGACAGUUCGAGAUAUAAGAAAAAAUAAGGAAAAGAUCAUAACUUACGCAAGCAGUUCAGACUCCACAAGUCUUCUGGCUAAGAGGAAAUCUAUGAAACCAUCCAUGUAUGAGGAACUGGACAAAGCGAUGCUAGAAUGGUUCAACCAGCAAAGAGCAAAAGGGAAUCCCGUGUCUGGACCAAUUUGUGCAAAAAGGGCAGAGUUCUUCUUUUAUGCUUUGGGAAUGGAUGGUGAUUUUAACCCCUCUGCCGGUUGGUUAACUCGUUUUAAGCAGCGGCACAGCAUUAGAGAGAUCAAUAUUAGAAACGAAAGAUUAAGUGGAGAUGAGACUGCUGUGGAGGAUUUUUGCAGCAACUUUCGAGACUAUAUUGAACGAGAGAAUUUGCAGCCCGAGCAAAUCUACAAUGCAGAUGAAACUGGACUGUUUUGGAAAUGCCUGCCUUCCAGGACUUCGGUAAUCAAAGGUAAAUGCACAGUCCCUGGGCACAAGUCAAUGGAAGAAAGAGUCACUAUCAUGUGUUGUGCCAAUGCAACAGGUUUACACAAACUUAAGCUUUGUAUUGUGGGGAAAGCAAAGAAACCUCGUUCCUUCAAGUCAACUGACACCUCAAACCUGCCAGUGUCUUAUUUCAGCCAAAAAGGCGCAUGGAUGGAUCUUUCCAUUUUCCGACAGUGGUUUGAUAAGAUCUUUGUGCCCCAAGUAAGAGAGCACUUAAGAUCCAAAGGGUUGCAAGAAAAGGCUGUACUCUUAUUGGAUAAUUCACCAACACAUCCAAAUGAAAACGUCCUGAGGUCAGAUGAUGGCCAAAUAUUUGCUAAAUAUUUACCACCUAAUGUGGCUUCGUUGAUUCAGCCCUUGAAUCAGGGAGUCAUAGCUACAAUGAAGAGAAACUACAGAGCACGUCUUCUCCAGAACAACUUGGAAGAAGGCAAUGACCUGAGAUCAUUCUGGAAGAAGCUAACUCUACUAGAUGCACUUUAUGAAAUAGCAAUGGCAUGGAAUUUAGUAAAGCCAGUUACCAUCAGCAGAGCAUGGAAGAAGAUUCUCCCUACUAUAGAGGAGAAAGAAGGCCUGGACUUUGAUGAAGAAGAUAUCUCAGUGGCUGCCAUCGCUACUAUUUUACAACACACCAAAGGAUUGGAAAAUGUGCCUGCUGAGAACAUUGAAAAAUGGCUUGAAGUGGACAGUACUGAACCAGGCUAUGAAGUCUUAACUGACAGCGAAAUCAUCAAAAGAGCACAAGGUCACACAGAUGAAUCCAGUGAAAAUGAAGAGGAGGAAAUAGAACUGAUUCCAGAGAAACAUAUUAAUCAUGCAGCUGCUCUCCAAUGGACUGAAAAUUUAUUGGAUUAUCUAGAACAACAAGGUGAUAUGAUUCUGCCUGAUAGACUGGUGAUACGUAAACUUCGAGCCACCAUCAGAAAUAAACAAAAGAUGGCAAACUCAAGUCAGUAAUGGCAUAUCAGUGUUAGCAUUGUUUUGGUAAUCGUGUAACUCUUGACCUCCUUGCAAUAUGGCUUUUCUUGGUGUUCUGAGUUCUCAGACACAGCCCUGUGAAAUAUAGAUACUAUAUAUAUCUAUAUCUAUAUCUGAAGUGGUUUAAGGAUUAUGUGUUUUGUAGCAUCUGUCCCUUUAUUUGUGUAAUCAGAAGCUGAUUCUGUAUAGGUGUAAGUUAUAUACGCAUUAUGUAUUCACUUUCAUAGAUCUACAAUUAUCCCUUCCAUUAGAGUGGUAUUCCAUAAAUUUUCUAGCAGAAGUUACAGGUAACAGUGAACAGGUAGAUCACUUUCCUGAAAUCUUUUGUUAGUUGUGUGAGGGCAGCCACAGUAAUCUUUUAUUGUGCUAGCCAUCUUAAGUGAUUAUUUGUAUAUUUGUAUACAAUGAUGGAAUGAGUGAUCUAUAAUAAUUCAAAAUGAGAAAACUGAUCUGUGAAUUAAUAAAAUAACUUAGGAAUCAUGCUUUUCUUUGUUUUAGAGGGGAGAUUUCUCUGGAAAUUAGGAAGUGGUUGCUAACUUCGAAAGCUAGAAAACUUAGAAAACUAUUGGGAAGCUGAUAUUCUGACAUUCAUUUGUAGAAACAGGUGAAAAUUUGGGGAACUUUAGGUUAUUUAUAAAAAGAAUAAAUAGACUUGUUUUAAUUGGAUCUUAUUAAUUGAAUAAUUAAUAGUAUAGGUCUAGUAUUUAUUCAUCUAAUUAUAGUACAGGUUUUGUAAUGUUACCUAUGGUGAUGUGAGCACCCACCUAUAUGUGAGGGAAUAUUUUGGGUAUUUGUAAGUUUUUUUUCUUUUUUACUAUAUACUUGAAAGUGUUAUAAUUUGAAAAGUUUGGUGAUAAUUUCUCUAUAUGAUGUGAAAAGAAUGAAAAAGUUUUUAUUUUUAAUAAGCCAUAAAUUGUCUAUUAUGAGGAAAGCAGAAAUAAUUAUGGAAAGUGACAGAUUCUAAGGAAUUUCAUCAUUAUUAUUUUGACAUUUGUAAAAUGGUAUUUCAUUUGUCAGAAUUUUGAUACUUGUUUAACAAUGUAGGUUUACUCAAGGCAUUGAAAAGACUUUGCCUAUAUAAAUAUUAAUUUCAUUUGUAAUUUAAAAGUUUUGGCCCUAAAUUUUAAAAAAGUCAUUUUUGAAAUGUUUUAACUUUUUCACUGAAACACUUGCAUUUUGUAGUGACUUUCUAAAGCUUUCUAAAGUGAAUUCUAAAGUUUCAGAAAUAUUUGUAGCUUUCCAUAAUUUCUGUUCUCUUUAUGAUGUAUGUUCAGAUUUUUAAAAAAGACUUACCUGUGUCAACAAUUGUUUAAAAUUGUGUUUGUUGCAUGAAUUGCCUCAGUAAACAGGAGAGAAAGCAUCAGAAAUUAGCAUACAUAUUGAAUCAGAUAAUUACACAUUCUGGUGUAAAUUAAAUUGUAUAUAAAAGUACUUUUCAUUUUUCUAAAAUGAAAAUAUGCACUAAAAAUCUUGGAAUUUCUGUAUUUGCUCAGUUUUUAAAUUAACCUUGUCAGUGAAAUUCAGUGGUAUCAUUGCCACCUAGUGGUAAAGUUAACAUCACUGUUAAGCUGUGUGGUUUUAAACUUUAAUAUCUAGUAAAACAUUCACUGUGUUGUGGCCUUGAGUGUGAAUCUUGUGACUCUUUCUCUGUCCUGUGAGAAACCACUCUUCAUUCGUAGGCUUAUAGCUAUUUGCUCAUUUCUGAAAACUCUCAACAAUGGUAGAUAAAAAGUUUUGUUUU